AUGCCAAGGGGUCUGCUAUGGAGGCAGAGGUACCUCCUCGACACGGUCAGCUGUGCGGAGUACAUUCUAUCAAUAUCAUCAGCACAUGGCCUGCGGCGGCAUCGGCCAGAUGACACCCAACGACGUCCGUCAACCAGUAAACGUCUACCCUUUGCCUCCGACGGUCUGCGAGGGCAUGGAACCGUGACGGCUUUGAAUGUCUCCCGGUAUCCUUUGUCGUCGGGUCUCAACGUCCGGCAUCCAGAUUUGAAGCGGACGCUUCCGCCAGCGCUCGACAUGGACCGGCGACAAGACCAUGGGGAGACUGACGAGCAGAAUGACGAGCCCGCGUCUUUUAAAGGCCGUCUCCAGCUCGACGACUUCAAGUACAAUGCGCCGUCUCCCCGUCGAAACCCGCGUCGCAACGCGGCAUCCCCUGCCAAGCCGGCGGAACCAUCGUCGUCCUCCGGCCCAACUGGCCGCAAGCGCUCCCCCAGCCCUUCCUCCGUGGUGACGAAGAAACGCAAGCGCGCCAGCUCUGGUUACGCGCCCCCCUCGCAGUACGGUCACCUUCCCCUCCUGCCGGAUGCCGUUGCCCCCAAUCUCCUCGUCUUCUUCGUCGGCCUCAACCCGGGCAUCCAGACGGCCCGCACCGGACAUGCGUACGCCCACCCGUCGAACCUGUUCUGGAAGCUGCUCUUCUCGAGCGGCAUCACCCCGCGACCCUGCCGCGCCGACGAGGACAGGCAGAUGCCCGCGCUGUACUCGCUAGGCCUGACCAACAUCGUCGCUCGUCCCAGCCGCAACGGCGCCGAGCUGAGCAGGCAGGAGAUGGACGACGGCGUCGCUCUUCUCGAGGAAAAGGCGACAAGGUGGCGUCCCGAGACGAUGUGCGUCGUGGGGAAGAGCAUCUGGGAAAGCGUCUGGCGGGUGAGGCACGGGGGCAAGGCCGUAGGGAAGGACUUCAAGUACGGCUGGCAGCCUCGCAGCGAGAACAUGGGUGUCGUCCAGGGAGGGUGGCCCGGCGCGAGAGUCUUUGUCGCCUGCAGCACGAGCGGUCUUGCCGCGACGCUGUCGCCCUCGGAGAAGCAGUCCAUCUGGAACGAGCUGGGCGCAUGGGUCAAGACGAGAAGAACAGAGCGAGAGCGAGAACGAGAAAUGGCAUGCAGCAGGGAAGAGGGGGAGGAAGGAUCAUGA